AAUGACGGUUUUCUCCUUUUCUUGGGUGAAAAUUGUUGUCAAAGGAAAAGUGUCCAAAAAUAACAAGGCUUCUUACAUUUGUGCUUUUAGACAAUCUUUUGAGUUUGCAUCAUAACUUGUACGACCUUUAAAUCAUUCAAAUAGGAUAAAUAUAGUCGUAUGAACUGCAGAAUUGGAUAGGGAUUUGCCAGAGAAGGCCAUCCUCUCCUGGUGAUACCAAGCAAUAUGGAUAUCAAGGAAGAGCCUGGCGAAAGUCUACAAGUGUCAAAUGCUGAUGUAUCAGACAUGAAGAUAAAAGUAGAACCGGGGCUGGAGACAAAUAGUGGCCUUGAAUCAGUCUCACUGGAACUGUCACACAUGCCAGAAGCUAAAUCAGUCAUGGCUCAUCUUAGCGUUAAAAUGAAGGCCCCAGAUUUGUGCACAGACUUGAUUCCUGAAUUGCCUGACACUGGUACAGAACUGGGACUGAGAGACAUGACACCUGUGAUCAUCAAAUCAGAACCUGAAGACCACACUGACGUCCCUGACAGCGACAUUCAGGACAUUGGUUCAUCUGAACGUUGUUUAGAACCACAACCUGUCUUGUUAGUGGAAAACACGGCACAUUCAGGUUGUUUCCCUAGUGGCCCUGGUACGAGUGCUGAUUAUGCUGUCAUGUCAUUAGUGACAGAGCAGACCACUCAGAUGAUCGCCGUCACUUUUGAAGCUGGGGAUGGGACGUAUUCUGAUUGUACCUUUAAUGCUGUGGUGGAGAACAUUGCCUUUGUAGCGACAGGAGAAGGUAGAAACCCAAGUGUAUUGGAGAAAGAGGUGGAACUCUCCGAUGAUGAUGUCAUAAUUGUGGAAACUGGAAAAAAUGAUCAAUCAACUGCGAGUUGUUGCACAGAGCCUGAAGCUCACAGCAAGGCAAUGGAGAUGGAAAGUGAAGAGUCUGAGACUAAUGAAGGAAGUGGUUCGUCAGACGAGUUCGAUACUACGCCAGAUGAAGCGGUUGCAGUCCCUCAGCAAAAAUUUGAAUGUCAAUAUUGCGGCAAAGCUUUCUUGACGAAAUUCUACCUGGGGAAACAUGAGCGCCUUCACAACGGUGAAAAACCUUACAAAUGCAAGCAAUGCUGCCGUUAUUUCAGCGCGAUGUGGCAGUUGAUGGAUCAUAUGCAUACACACGCCAAGGCAUUGGAUUAUAUCUGUAAACACUGCGGUGAGACCUUUAAGAAUGGGUCCUACUGGAGACAACAUGAAAGAGCACAUGCAAAUAAGAAACUGCAUUGUCACCUGUGUGGACGAGUCUUCAUCAAAAAGCUUUACCUUCUCUACCACAAGAAGUCAUUUCAUGGUUUAGAUGUGAAGAAUAAACCGUUGAAAUGUAGCAGCUGUCCGAAGACGUUUCACCGUAUCCAGGAUCUUGACCUCCAUCGAGCGGUUCACUUGAAAUAUUUUGAAUGUGAUCAGUGUGGCGAGAAGUUUAACCAUAAACAUCUCAUGUCGAGGCAUAAGAAUAAAGUACAUUUGUCAAUAUAAAAGUGUAGCAUGUCUUUGUGUCUCCAGCAUGCACACUGAUGAGUUCACAUGCUAAAACCACGAUUUUGGAAAAGAAAAGAUAAUUAUUGUAAACUUUAUCACGGGAGGUGAUGUUAGCCCGGAUCUGAAAACCAAACCGUCUCAAUGCAAACUUGUGGCAUCCCUGGUAUCAAUCAUGUAAAAAGAUUCACUUGUUCUGUCGUUUAGUCUCGGUAGAAAAGUCUCCUCAAAAACACUUUGAUUUUGAGAGGCGAGCCCCCCCCCCCCCAGGACUUGGACUCGACACUUAAGAGACACUGUAAUUCCUGAGGUCCAAUUCUUGGAAAACUCUGUUGAUGUGUGGCAGUGCGGAUGCAAGAGAACCAAUGUCACAAGAUCAUUUAGUUCACAAGAUCCUACAACAUGUAUUUAUUGCCAAGCUGUCAAAGUCAAAAAUAAGCUGUCAAAAAUAUGUUGUUGUCUUCUAGUCCUAAUAAAGU